GGAUGGAGGAGAAUCCAUCACAGCACAAUUUGUGGUGAAGCUCCUUCUCUGGAACAGACUUGUUCUCCCGGAGCCGAUGGCCCUGCUGCUCCUGAUGCUGGUGGCAGCAGGUCCCCCUGGAGCAUCUGGAGCCAUGGAAGAGAAGAGAAUGGAAAACCCCCUGGUAUGGUGUGUCUGCUACCCACUACACAACACCUCAGAGCACCUUCCAUGCAGAUUAGAAGGGAAAGAUUGUGUUAGGAGCCUUGAACUCUGGGAAAAGACCACAGCUGUCAGUGGAAAGAAUUGCACACAGAAAAAUAGGGCUGAGGACUUCCAAACCCUCAAUGCUUCACUGAAGAAUGACUUCCCAUUCUGUAGAGGAGAUAGCAAUACCACCAUCAGGCAAAAAAUUAAUGACAACACCAGUUUUAUCAUAGUUAUCACCACCCUUACCUGUUCUGCUGGUGUGCUCAUUCUCAUCCUGCUCUCUGUUGGUAUCAUGUCUAUGAUAAUGAAGAACUGGAGGAACAAGAGGAUAUUUAAGAAACAGAAGGGAUGGGACAACUUUCUCUUCAAGUCCAAGACUGUACAUUACCAACCCGAUGCAAUCUAUUCCAAUGUGAUCAACCUGGUUGCCCAGAAGGAAGAUGAUUUUGCCAUUUAUGCCAACGUGCCAUGCUUCCAGCUGCUGAGAAAAGUCUCACCUGUUGUCACUUAUGCUCCUGACCAAAUGGAACAUGCUUCUGUUGUAUACCUCUGAUGGGAGACCAGAAAACUAUUCUGGAAUGAGAGAACAUAGAGAUGAAAAAAUCCAGAGAAGGUAGUGAAAGAAGGUUGCCAAGCAUAGUAUGAUGAUAUAUACUUUAAACUGCUCAUCAAUCCUCAUGCUUAUAGGGACAGAGAUGAGAGCAUGAAUAUUUUUAGUGUCUUGGAAAUACAGGAGACAUUCUUUGAAAGGACAGACAAUCUAACAUGCCUCAUCAGGGGCCAUGAGAGGACUGAGGCUAUGGACCCACAUCAUCACUCAUGCAGCCCCAAAAUGCCCAAGCAAAACACUGUUCUGUUUCCAAGCUGGAAGUCAGCUGAUGUGAUUCCCUCUUCAAUUCUUGCCAUCCCAGGGCAAGAAAUGAGAAAUUGGGGCUAUGGGAAGCAGCACAGUGCAGUGGAAAGAAAUGCUAGAUUUAGAAUCAGUCUUCAAAUCCUUAGGCACUCCUGUAACUUCAGUUACUUUAGCUCUCUGGGUCUCAGUAUCCUCAUCUAUAAAUUAAAGUCAUUGGACUAGAUCUUUGUAUGUAUGUUACAGAUCAUUUUGGGAGUCUGGCAAAUUUCAGAAUAAUGAUUUUAAAUAUAAAAUAUUUUAGCAAUGUGAAA